CAAUGGGCCAACGACACAACCGUAAACGAACCCGAAGUCGACCUCGCCACCGUUCGCAUACGCAGCAAAAUCAUUCUCGGACAUCAUCCGUUUCCUCGUCCAAAGAUCGAAACAUAGAGCCUGCUCCUCCACUCCCUCAUUACCAAUCUUCUCCCUUUUUCGAAGAGCUCUACUCGGCAUGGCAGAUGCAGGAUGACGAAGAUGCAAUGGAAGCUCAACGGCUUCGCCUUUUCGGAGGCGAGACCGGGGACGAAGUAAGCCUCUGCGAACCCAUGCUGAAAGUGGUCAUGGAUCUUUUCAAUGACAUUGAUUAUAUCGAUCCAUGACCUGCUCCUCUCUUCACUUACCUGCUCUCCUCGCCCCUCCCCACCACAGACUGCACAGAUGAGAUUUCCUUGCGUUUCUCCUACCAAGCAGAAGCAUAGCUCAUUAUUCUUUUCGCAAAUUACGCAGAUCUAGAAUGCAUCUUUCUUCUUACUGCAGAUUCAGAGUGAUCCUAUGAAUGAUUGAGAGCUACAAUACUUUGCGCACACAUACAACACCGGCUCAUCCGUCAACGAUAUCUUCAACCAACAAUUUGACCAAAAGCAUGUGGUCGAUGUGACGCAGGUCU